AGGCAUAGGCAUAGGCUCGAAUAUUAAAACGCCAAAUUAUCUAUAUUGUCAACUACUCUACUCUUCCGGUUCGGGUUCUUCCACCGACCUCAACCAAGAAUAAGAAACACUAAACAAAACCAAAAAGAAGAUGCCAUCCCCCCAGCAGUUAGUCUCCUCAACAGGCACAGAUGCCUUAACAGGUGAUUUGGAGAAAAUUCAAGCCUGGUUCGCCAAACUCGAUGACGAAGAGAGAGAGCUUUAUCAGGCCAAUCCGCUGCUUUACAGAAGUAGAGGUGUGUGGUCCCCAGCAUCCCUCGAAAAAAGAAGGUGGAGAGCUUGGAAGGAGCAAAUUUGUCCAAAUUAAGGCUGGCUUACCACGACCUGUAAUGAAAAUUAUCUAUUCGAAAACUCAAAAUAACCGAGUUACUGACUGAAAUAAGGGAGGUAGCUUAACGUCAAGGCUACUCUUCCUUCUUAUCAGUAUCUCGGUUAUUCUGGUCAGUAACUCGCUCAUUUCAGUUUUUCGAGUAUAUAAAUACAUCUUAAGUAGAGGCCGCAUCUUCGGGGAGGGCCCUAAUCCAAAGCGAGAAAUAUUGCUAGUACCACGGUUGAUUCGAAGAUGAAUUUUCAUAAAAGUAAAAAUGUCUAACCGAAACUAGCUCACAAAUGCCAAUGUCCUUUUGGUCAGGUCAUGCCAUGCGACGUAUCGCUGACGAAUUACGCCACCACAGCAGUCGGUCCCUGCUCUAGAUAUGCCGAUGAGUCGAGCUGCAGCGGAGGGGAUAUGUCAUUAUGCAAAAGCAUGCUUUCAUUCAUCCAUUGGGUUGUAAGUAGUAGUUCUAUCUAGUACACCAGUAGAUUCAGAUAGUAGUUGGAGCUCUUGACUCUUCUGAGUCCAGGCUGUUCUUCUUGUGAUUACCCAAGACUGAUUUUGUAGUUCUGGCAAGAGCAUGUUGAUGAACUUCGAAGAUUCUCAGUCAACUUUGGCACUCGACUGGUACGUACUACAACUACUGCUUCAGUAGUUCAUCUUCUAGAUCUAACUCUUCUCGGCGACCAAGGUGGUCGUUGUCGGUGGGGUCAAUUUUUCAAUCGAGAGGCUAUCGAGGCUAAAGUCAGAGCUUGUGGCGGCGACCUCAAUGACGCAGAUACGCG